AUGGGGAAGGAGGAAAAGGGAGUGAUUGCCCUUGAUGCGUUCCAGCGGCCAGUCCGCUGGAUUUUGACCAGUUCCACCCUUUCGUCUCUUGGCAGCGUAAGGAUUGUGACGGAUAUGAUAAUAAUCAGUCCGUACGAGGCUCGCUGCCUUCUUCCAGCCAUUCGGCACUCAACAGCAGUGACCCUCCACCAAUAUGCGCCCCGGCAGAGCUGUACCUUCGAUUCGCUCGACAAGCUCUGCCUGCACAGCAUUCCAGAGAGAGCAGUUGCCAUCGAGGUCCCCGAUGCGCUUCGGAUGGAGCUGAACCUUUUUCAGGGCAGCUCUAUCUCGAGUCGUAUUCGGAGUACCAACGACUCUGCGCUUUUCUUGGUUUGGCUUCGGUUGCAGCGCAUGAGGGCCUGCAUGUUGAUGUCGAUGGCUUCAUCAGAAGCGGAGGUCCGGCGUCAUCGUCGCCUUUCCGGCAGAGCCCGGUGA